AAUGUUCAAAUACAGAACCCCAGGAGAUGCUCUUGGCAAGGGAACCGACCAGUUGGUUUCGACAUUUGCCCCAGCAACGCAUACCCUAGAUACACUUCACUGCCACUCCUAUCGAAUCCACAGGCGUCUCCAUUCCGUCCCAGCCCCAAAUUCCCCACCGCUCCGCUCUGCUCCAGCGCGGCGGCGACCAUGGAGGAGCAGCAGUUUCUCACGAGCAUGGGCGUCAGAGUGAGCAGCGCGCAGAGCAACCUGCGGCGCGACCCGCAGCGCGACGGCAUCGACGUUCCCGACCCGCUGAUGCAGGGCGCGGCCAUGUUUCUCACGUAUGCGUACGACGCCAUCCCCGACCCACCCGUGUCUCCCGCCGCGCCCCUCGCCUCCGCCGUCGCCGCGCGGGCCCCAACCGACGGUGUCGACCGCAUCAGCCUCCUCCCCGACGCACUGCUCCGGAACGUCGUGUCGCGCCUCCCCGCAAAGGACGCCGCGCGCACCGCCGCGCUCGCCACGCGCUGGCGCGGCCUCUGGCGCUCCGUGCCCCUCACCCUCGUCGACGCCCACAUCCUCCCGGCCUGCGUCCGGGCCGACCACAGGAUGCCCGGAGGCGAAGACGCCCUGUCCAGGGCUGUCGCCCUCGCGGCGUCCCGCGUCCUGGACGCGCACCCGGGCCCCUUCCGCUGCGUCCACCUCUCCCGCUGCCACAUGGCGUCGCACCAGGCCGACAUCGAGCGCUGGCUGGAGCUCCUCGCCGCCAAGGGCGUCCAAGAGCUCGUCUUUCUCAACCGCCCGUGGCCGAUCGACCACCCUCUCCCACGCGCGCUCUACGGCUGCACCUCUGUCACCCGCCUGCACCUCGGCUUCUGCAGGAUCCCCAGCACCGCCGGGCUCCCGCGCACCACACGCUUCCCCCACCUCCGGGAGCUUGUCCUCGACACUUUCGUCGUCCAGGAACGAGACCUCCACUUCCUGAUCGACCGGAGCCCCGCCCUGGAGGUCCUCACCGUCACCACAAACCAGACCGGGGCUCGAGUCCGGCUGAUCAGCCGCAGCCUGCGGUGUGUGCAGGUGACCAUGUCUGGCCAAGUGGACAUCACUGUGGUGGACGCUCCUCGUCUGGAGAGGCUGCUGAUGUGGAUGAUAUAUCCUGCCAUGCCGGGAGGCAGACGCUCAAGGAUCAAGAUUGGCCAUGCACCCAACCUGUGCAUGCUUGGACAUUGCCAGCCGGGAUUCGAACUGGAGAUUGGCAACACCAUCCUCAAGGUGGGUACUAAAAUGAGCCCAAGCACCAUGGUCCCAAGUGUCAAGAUCUUGGCUUUGGAGGUGGGAUUUCAAGUCCGCAAUGAAGUCAAAAUGAUGCCUUGCUUUCUCAAAUGUUUUCCCAACAUCGAGACGCUCCAUGUCUUUUCAGUGAAUGAUGACCCCAGUGGCAAGGUUGAUCCCAAGUUUUGGAAGGGGAAGGAGGCUGGCUGUAUUGAUUGCGUCCAGAGACAUGUGAAGAAAUUUGUCUUCCAAGAGUUUCAGGGUAAGAGAAGUGAGCUAGCAUUCCUCAAGUUCAUUGCUGAGAGAGCGCAGGUCCUGGAGAAGAUGGUGGUCAUGGUGGCCUCUGAAUGUUUCUCUUCAGCAGAUGCUGUCAAUGCCAAGCUGAAGCCUCUGACUUCUGCAAUAUGGGCCAGUAAAGACUGUAAACUGAUUGUCUUCAAGAGUCCAUACCCUGAUGGGGCGUCCCCUGCUUGGGCUUCCAAAAUAGCAUCUGAUUUUUCAUUUAGCGACCCUUUUGAUCUUCUGACUGCUAAUGCUGAACUCUACAGUGGUGCCUCUGUCCUUCAACAUUCCAGCACUCUCUGAGUCGACAGCCAACGUUCCUUGCAAGCCAAUCGUCAUCAGAGUUAUCUAUGUACCUUUUUCCUGGUUCAUUCUAGGUUCUAGCACUCUCUGAGUUAACAGCCAACAUUCCUUGCAAGCCAAUUGUCAUCAGAGUUAUCUAUGUACCUUUUUCCUGGUUCAUUCUACCGUGAAUCCCAUGAUAUUUCACAACUGUCAACUCCAUAUUGAUUGUUUUUCUAUGAUCAUGUUGUGGUCUUCUGAUACAGAUGCUAAGUCUUUUAUUCUUCUA